AUGAUAAAGGGGUUAUCCAAAAAUAUUGUAAAUUUUUUGUUGUCAUCUUUCUUUGAAAAUAUCGAAGAGAAACAGUUACAGACAUCACUAAUUAGAGGGAAAGUACAUCUACAAAAUGUUAAAAUUAAGAAAAAGUUUUUUGACAUCUUGUACCUUCCAUACACUAUCAAAUAUGGAUACAUCCGCUCUCUAGACCUUCAGAUUCCUCUCCUGUACUUGUUUCAAAAAGCGACGAUAACGAUCAAAGAUGUAGUAAUUGUUAUAAAGGAGAAAAACUUCAAUGAUUUUAAUAUCGUUGAAGAAAUUAAUGGGGUAAAAAUUGCAAAAAAAAAUAAUUUAAAAAUCGAAGAAACAAAUAGUAGUGGACCUAAUUUAAAUCAAAAAAUAAAUAAAGGAAUAAAUUCAUUAUUAUAUGAAUUAUAUAAUAAUAUAUCUAUUGAUAUAGAAAAUGUUGAAGUAAUAUUAGAGGGAUCUGAAAAAAAAAAAAAUAUUUUAGGAUUAUUUAUAAAAAGAAUAACUAGCUAUAAAUCUCAUAAUCAGUCAUUUAAAAUAUACAAAGAUUUUUCAUUUAUAGAUGGUAUGUUUUAUAUGGAAGAUGAAAAAGCAAAGUAUCUGAUAAAUAAAAUAAUAAAAAAGGAAGAAAAACGAAAAAAAAAUAAAAAAAAAAAUAGAAAUGGUGAUGAAAUAUAUAAUAAAAUAAAAGAUGUUACAAAUAAUUUACAUAAAAAAAAAUAUAUAAUAUCAGAAGUACCAAUUGUUGUAUUGUCUACAAUAUUAUCUGUAGAAAAAUCAACACAAUAUAUGCAUUAUAACUCAAAAUAUAUUUUUAAAAAAAAAAAAUAUUUUGAUUUAAAAUGUUCACAUUGUGAUAAAUAUCUAUAUCAAUGUAAAGAAGUAAAAAAGGAAAAAGGAAUAUUUGAAAAAUUUUUAAAUCAAAAUAUACAUUUUAACGAUGAUGAUAAUAAAUUAAGUAAAGAAGAAUGUGAAGUGUGUAGAAAAAAAAAUGAUUUAGAAAAAUUAAAACAUGAAGAAUCUGCAAAAGAUGCCGUAGAAUCAAAUGCUCAUAAUAAUGCAUCUACAAUUAAAGAUGACAAUCAAAUAAAUAGCCAUAAACAAAAUAAUCAUAUUUGUGAAAAUUGUAAACAAAAUCUGAUCAGUGAUAAAAAAUUAUAUAACAGUGAAUCCAAUUUACAAUCUAAUGUUAAAGAAAACAAAUUAUCAAAUAUAGAUAAUUUUAAUAUAUUAGAAGAAAAUAUAAAUUUUAAAGAAAAUGAAUAUAUUACAUUUAUUUUACACGUCGAUAAUUUUAAUGUAAAUUUAUCGUUUACUCAAUUGUGUCAAAUACUUGAUAUUGUAAAUUUUUAUUUAAUUUAUAGUUGUUUUGUUAAUGGAUUAUAUUUAGAAGAAUGGUUGAAUAUACCAGAAGUAAAAGAAAUUUUAAUGUAUAAAAAGGAAUUGCUAAAAAAAAGAAAAAAAGAAAAACAUGAUAAAGAUUUUAUUGAAAAUUUUGAAUAUACUCAUAGUUUUCAGAUUAUAUAUAGUAUAAGAAAACAUGUUAAUAAUAUUUUAAGAGAGAGCAAAACAAGUGACAAUUCCAUAAAUAAUAAAGUUACUGCUACCCCAAAAAAUGAUACUAAUAAUAAUAUGAAAAAUGAUACAUCUUCUUUAAAAAAUAGUACAUCUAACUUAGAUGCAAGUAACGAAUUAGAUUCUAAUGAUAAAGUAAAGAAAAACGAAAAGGAACAAGAAAAAAAUAGCGUUGUUCAAAAUGACCAAAAUUAUGAAAAUUUACAUAGUGUAAGAAAUAUGCAAUCCAAAUCUUCGGAAGAAAUGCCAGUUAUUCUAAAUUUUAAAUUAGUAUUUAAAAAAGUAAAUCUCAAUUUAUAUAGUUAUGAAAAAACAAAUAAAAUAAUACAAAUAAAUAUGAUAAAUUUUGAACUAGCAUUAAAAAAUUAUAUUAAUACUGAUUUUGCUUAUUUUAUAUUGCUAAAUGAUAUUAAUGUUUUAUUUUUGUAUAAAAAUAAAAAAUAUCCUUUGUUAAGUCUUUUUAAAACAAACACAAUUGAAAAUGUCAAUCAAAAAGGGAAAAAAAAAGAUUCUUUUAAUAAAAAAAAUAGAAGAAAAAGUAUAAAUUAUUUAUUUAACCCAGAUGUGUGUAAUAGUAUUUCACAAGGUGUAAUCAAUCGAAAUGAUACAACAACAAUUGUUAAUACUAGUAGUAAUGAAACAGGAUUAGAUAAAGAUGGUGGUGGUUCUACAUCUAUAAUUGAUUCUAAAAGUGAAAAAAGUAUUCAUAAUAUAAAAGGUAAACAAGAUAAAAAUAAAGAAGUAGACAAAAAUAAAUUGAAUGAUCAUAAAAUAAAUAACAAAUCAAAAGAUGAUAAAAAAGUUAAUCCAAAUGAAAUUAAAAAUACAAAUAAAGAAAAUGAAAAUGCUAUAUCACUUUUUGUUUAUAACAAAUUUGAUACUUCCCAAAAUAAAAUUUAUUUUAGAUGCAAUCGAAAUUUAUUAAUUACAUUAAGUGUUAAAGAAAUAUAUAAUGUCAUGAAUAUUAACUACGAUUUUAAAUGUCUUGAUUUUGAAAAAAAAAUAAAAACAUAUCAAAGUUUAUAUUACUAUUAUUUAUUAGGAAAAAAAUAUUGUAGAGAAUUAUAUAUAUCAUCUGAAAAAGAUUUUGCAGAUAUCAAUAUUAAUUUUAUGAAUAAUAUUUAUAUAAAUUUAAUUAUAAAUAAAAAAUAUUCAUUAUUAGCAAGGCUCCAAAAAAUUUCUUUAAAUUCAUUUUUUUUUACAAAAACUAAUAUUCAAAGUUAUUUAGAAAAUUUAACUAUGAUAAAUGAUAAUAAGGUUGAAAAUCAAGAAAGUUUAUCUAAAUUAGAUGCAACCAAUUCAGUUAAUGUAGGUUUUACACCAAAUAAUAAUAUAUUAUUAAAUUCAAAUGAUUCCAUAAUAAAUGGUUCUAAUUCAGAACUUAACCAAAUAAACAAUCGUAAUGAAUUGAUAAAUAAUAACAAUGAUGAUAAGAAAGAUGUGAUCAAAGGAAUUAUUGAAAAUGAAUCAAAAAUAAUGUCAAACAAAUCUUAUUCAAAUAUAUAUUAUAACGAUUCUAAAAAAGAAAAUGUAUCUAUAUCUAAUUCAUAUUAUAAUAAAAUGUUAAGUUCAGAUAAUGAUAUAUGUGAUGAUAAUCAAAAAAUAAAAAUGGAAUAUAAAAAAUAUUAUCAAGACUUUUUAAGAGUAAAUGAUUUAAAAAAUAUAGAAAAAUCAAAAAAAAUUGAAAAAAAAUAUAAUAAAAAUCAAACAAAACAAACAGAAACAAAUAACAUCGAUUCAUCAAAUGAGCUUAGUAAUACUAUUGUUACAUCUAAUAUUGUAGAAAAAAAUAAAUAUGAUUAUUUAAGUAGUUCUUCCUAUAAAUCUAAAAUAUAUAAUAUAAACUAUAAUGAUAGUAAUUAUAUACACAACAGUAAUAGUAGUUACAUUCAGGGUGAAGCAUUCGAUUUUGAUAGUGAAGUAAUAAAUGAACAUAAAGAAAAAAGAAAAAAUAAAUAUAAAAAAAAGAAAAGAAAAGUAGAAACAAAUAGUGAAAGUGAACAUACAAAUUCAUAUAAUCAUCAAAAAAAAAAAAAAAAAAGUGUUUCAAAUAAAGAUGUAAAUAGUAAUACUAGUGAUGAUAAUACUAGUGUUACUUGUUCAGAAAAAGAAGAAAAAGAAACUUUGAUUACAGCAGUUCAACAAAAAAGGACAUGUUUUAAUCUAUCUAUUUUUUUUAUGAAAAAUAAAAGUAACGAAAAAAUUCAAAAAAUAUUAUUAGAAGAAAAUUCAAAAAAUAAAAAAUAUGUUUUAAAACCAUUGAAAAUAUCAUUCGAUGCAAUUAUAUAUAAUUUUAAAGAUGGAAAUGAAAAAAGACUGAGUUUUAUUCAUACUAAUUAUAAACAAUAUUUAUAUUUAAAUUUUGAUGAUAAACAUAUUUUUAAAUUAAUUUUUUUUUACUAUCAUUAUAAAUUCUAUGUUGAUAAAAUAUUUGAACAAUUAAAUAAUAGAAAUAAUUCAGAUUAUUUAAAUUUAAAUACAAUUGAUUUUAGAAGUUAUAAAACUUUACAAGUAUUAUUAGACAAUGCUUUUGUUAAUAAUAAAAGUGAAAUUGAAAAUAAAUUUGUUCAUAAAAAAAGUAGUGAUAACGAAUUAGUGUCUGAAAAUGAAGGAAAUAAAACAGCAGAAGUAAUUGAAUCAAGUCUAGUAGACAAUGAAAUUGAAACACAUGAUUAUCCAAAAGUCUGUGAAAAUCAAAAUGAAGAAGAAGCAAAUACAAUAAUUAAUCUAAAUAAUUCAACGGUAGAAAACUGUGAUCAUAUUCAAGAAGAUUUAAAUAAUAAUAUAUCAUUGAAUGAUACUAAUGUAGAAAAUGAUGAAAUAAUUGAUAUUGAAAAGUUUGAUGAAAAUAAUACUACUAUUUGUGUUAAUACAGAAAAUGAUGUAAGUGUAAAAAAGGAAUCUAUAAAUAUUCAAAAAGUUCAAAAAAAUGUGAAAAAAAAAGAAAAAAAAAAAAACUUUUUUAAUUAUGAAAAAGCAUAUAAUAAAGUUGAUAGAAAUGUGAACAAUGAAAUUUCUAAUAGUAAUAAACAUGAAUUAAUUACAUUUUUGAGUAAAAUAAAAAUAUAUUUUAAUAAUUAUAAAAAAAAUAAACGUAUGAUAUCUAUACAUAUUUAUGAUGUCUUAAUUUACUUGUUUAAUGAUGAUCAAAUUUCUAAAUUAGUUUUGAAUCUAAAAAAAUUCAAUGUCCUUAAUUGCUUAUCGUAUCAAGACCAUUCACAUAUUAAUAGACAUGAUGCUAGUACUUGUGAAAAUAAUUAUGAUAUCCAAGAUGAACACAAUUUUAAUAGUAAUCGCUAUUUCAACAAUGAUAAAUAUUAUAAUUUAAAUACAAUUCCUGGAUUUGAAAAUAAACAUCAGAUAAAUAAAAUAAAUAAAAUUGAUUCUAAAUUAUAUGAUAAAAAAAAUAGUACCCAUAAUGGAAUAUAUUUAUAUAAUAGUAUAUUAAAACUAGCUAAAAAUGGUGAUUUUAUAUUUUCAUAUGAUUAUAAAAAUCCUCAAAUUGAUAAAAUUAAUAAAAAUAAUAAAAGUUUAAGUAAUAUUGAUACUCAAAAUGUUAAGGAUAAAAAUGUUACAUCAAAUAAUGAAACCCAAAUUGAAGAAUCUACUAAAAAAAUUAAUGGAUAUCAAGAAUUAUAUAAUAAUACAUCUAUGAUUAUUUCUGAAGAUCCAAAAAAAAUCCAUUUUGAUAAUGUAAAUAAAAGAUUUACUAAAAAAAGUAUUGAUUUUGUUCAUCCAAAUUAUUAUAAUAGUUUAAAUGUCGAUUAUUUUACAUUUAAUGCUCCUGAAACAAAUGAACAGAAACCAGACGAUACUCUUGAAAUAUGCCCAAGUAGUAUAGACGCAGGAAUUAGUAGCAUAGAAAUUGCUAACAUCCCUGUAGAUACAACAACUACCAGUAUAGAACUGCCAAAUAUAAGUACCGACAUAAAUAAUAGCAUCAUUGAAAAACCUUCACAAAGUAUGGAAAAUGAAAAAACCAGCUUAGAAAGUUUGACAAAUGUUUCUGAAAAUAUUAACACAAAUAAUAAUCCUAUUGAUGAAAGUUACCCACCAAAAGAUACUGAAAAUGCAAACUUAAUUGAACAGAGUAAUGAAGUUAGUAAUACUAUGGAAGAAAAUGAUAAAUUUAUGUCAGUAAAUAAUACCCAAAGCUUAAAUGAAAUAGACGGAGAAAUACCUGGUGAACCGAAUGAGCAGUCGGAUAAAGUGCCGAGCCCCGAAACUGUGAAAGAAACCCUGAACGAAAAUAUGAACGAAAAUAUGAAUGUCAAUAUGAAUGACAAUGCAAAUGAAAGUGUAAAAGACUCUUUGAAAGGCAAGUUAAGUAAAAGUGAUGAAGAGGAUGGGUUGACGAGAUGGGACAAAGACGAGUCGCAGAAAAAGAGGAGACUCGACCUAGAUAUAUCUAUUUUCCGAGCUUUAAAAAAAGCAAAAUGUUUAGAUAUUGACAAAGACGAUAUUAAUGAAUAUUAUUCAUUCGAAAUUAUGGAAAAUGAUAGAAUUGAGGAAGUUGAAAAGGGUGGAGAUAUUGUAGUAGAGGGUGCUGAAAGCGGUGCAGAAGAUAACGGGGCAAAUUUAGAAACCGGUGUAAUUUCUGCGGAUGAAUCAGUAAGUCAACAUGGCUAUUCAAAUGAAGUAGAAGUAAAAAAUACAGAAGGUUUAAAAAAUAAAUAUGAAGAUGAAUAUGAUGAAGAAGGAAAUGAUAAUGAAAACGAAGAUGAAGAAGUAGAAAUUGUAAAACGUAAAGAAAUUGAUGAUAUACAAAAUAUAGCAUUUCAUUUAGUUAACUUUGAAGUUAUUAUUGAUUAUAUUUAUUUUAUAAAUGUAUAUAAAUGGAUUACUAAAUUAAAUUUAAAAUAUGAACAAAUAAAAAAAAUUUCUGAUUUUUCUGCAUAUUCUUACAAUAGUAUUAAUGAAAAAUCAGAUGCAAAUACCCCCAAAUUUAAUUACACACUCUUUUUACAAAAUAAUAAAAUAUAUAUUCCAAUUUACAAACUAUCUAUUCAUGAAUACACUUAUUAUGAAAAUGCAAAGAAUAAUUUAUACACCUCCUUUUUGCCUACUAUGGAAUUUCAUUUUUCCUGCUCCUACAAGUCCAUCAACGAGAACGAGGAGAACCUGACGAAUGUACAGGUCCGAAACUUCGGGAACAAGCUAGUUGUGCCUUCCCUUCAGAUGUACAAACACAAAAAGAGCCGACGAUGGAAAAUCUGUAUACUGAACUUCAAUUGUAAAGAUAAAACUAGUGAAACAAUUUUAAAUGAUUUUCGAUUUCAAUUAAAUAUGAGAAGAAAACAAAAUAAUGAAAGUUUAGAUAUCGAUGAAGAGAUUAGUAGUUAUGAAGAUUUAAAUAUGCCUGACAAUCGUCAAAAAAUAAAUUCAUUAAAUACAUAUUUCAGUGCAAUGUCUAGUAACAUUUUAGAUGGAGAAAAAAAUUCAAAUAUAAAAAGUUCUAUAAAAAAAAUAAUCCGAUUUUACAAUGAUCCAAUAAUAAUAAAUUUUUCAAGUGAAAUAAUUAAAAAUAUGAUAAUUUGUUAUAACAAUUUUAAUUAUUUUAUGAAUUAUAUAAAUAGAAUCCAAACUAAUAUUAACAAUAGUUCUAAUAAUGAAAAAUAUGAACAAAAUAAUUCUACCAAUUUAGAUGCAGCUAGCGAAAAUAAAAAUAUAAUUAAUGAUAUACUUAAUUAUUUAUAUAAUGAAACAAAUGAUAUAUUAUUCGAAUAUUUUUUAGAUGAUUUUCGAUUAAGCUUAUAUGAAGGACAUAGUAAUUUAAAUAUGCCACUUAUAAAUAUUAGUAUGUUUGAUAUUAAAGUAUUUUUUCAAAAAAAAUAUAAUAUAAAUAAUUUUAUAAAUUUUUAUCUUAAUAUAGAUGUAUAUGAUAAUUAUAAAAUUUUAUAUGACAAUUUAAUAGAAAAAGUUGAAAUACUUUUAUCUUUCGAAAAUUGCAAAAAUAAAAUGAAUAUCCUCAACUUUAACAUAGAGACAUCAUAUAUUAAUAUAUUAUACACAAACAAAAUAAAAGAUUUAAUUAUAAAUUAUUCUACAAUGUUAUUAGACAAAUAUAAAACCAGUAUUGAAGCAACAUAUGAAGAUAUAGAUGCAGAUAUUCGAAGAAAAGAACAACAAAUGAAUUCAAAAUUAUUAAACUUUUUUAAUAAUAUCUUUAUUAUAAAAAAUCAAAAUAAUCCUAAAUAUGGAAUUGGAUUUAAGGAUACCCUAUAUGAUAAUAGUAUAAAUAUUACAUCUAAAAUUUAUAAUUUUACUGGAUUGACAAUAAAUCUACGAUUUAAACAAUCACUUAGAAGUAAAGUUCAAAAUCAUAAUGAAAAAAAAGAUGGACAUGAUAAUGUAAAACAUAAUGGAAAUAAAAAUAAAUUUAUAUUUUAUGAAUUACCUAAUAAUGGACAUGGUGGACUAUUAAAAGAUGAAAAUGGAAAAGUAUGUGAACUAGCUGUUAUUAUAAAAUUAUUUAAUUAUAUUUAUGAAAUAGUAGAUAUAGAAAGAAAUAAAAAUACUUGUGAUAUUCGAUUUAUACCAAUUAUAUAUGAUUUAAAAAAAAGUAAUGAAAAAAAAAAAAUUAUUAUAAAAAAAUAUGAUAAUAAUUAUGAUAUGUAUAACGAAUAUAGUGUCAAAAAUAAAGUUUUUAAAACAUUUAUUAAAUUAUAUAUACAAACUAAUAUUGAUGACAAAGGAGUAGUAACAAUUUAUUUUUCUUCAAACUUAUUUAUUCAUAAUACUACAAAUACUAACUUUGUUAUUUUAUACCAUCCGAUAAUUUAUUAUUUCUUACUUUUCAAUGAAUUAUUUAUAUAUAAUCAAAAUAAUUUAAAUACAAAAAAACAUUCUUUAAAAGGAACUAGAACAGUUUUGAAAUCUAAUGAAAAAUAUUUUUUUCCAAUAAUUUCUUUUAUGCCACUUUUAGUAAUAUAUGACUACAUGAAAAAGAAGAACAAUGAAUUUAUAGAAAAAAGUGAUGAACAUUUUAUUAAUACAAAUAUAAUUAAAUCUAAACCUUCCAAAAAAAUUAGUGACACUUAUUCGGAUAUACACACUUUUAGUAAACAUAACAGGAGCUACUACAUAGAUUAUGAGCAUGCUUUGUAUAAAAAAAAUGAAAUAGACAAUGAUGAUUAUACAAAUAGUUUUAUACGGAUUGAUAAUUUGAAAAAAAACAGUUUAGAAGAUAAUGAAACAUAUAAUAGUGUCUCGAUUUUAGAUAAAUUCACAGGAAACAAUAUGCAUAAUACUAUUCCGAUAAAUACUAACUACAACCUAUUAAAUAGUCCUAUAUAUCAAGAUAGCAAUCAAAAUAGACAACAAAUUGAUGAAAAUAAAAUAAACUUACAACAUAUCAAAGAAUCAAAUAAAUGUAAAUUAAAUAAAAUUUUAAAAAAACUUAAAAUUUAUAUUAAUGAAAAAAAUAUGAAUAAUAGUAUAAAAGAUAUUAAUAAUAUAUAUAUAGUAAAAAAAGAUGUAUAUAAUUAUUAUAUAAAUAAAUAUUAUAGUAGCAGAAAAUGUUAUCUAGAUAUAUUUAAUUUUUUAAAAAAAAAUGGAGCACGAAAAUUAUUUAGCAAUUCAAGUGUAAGAGAAAUUAUAUAUAGACAUUCUUAUGAUUUUCAAAAAUAUAAUUUAUUUUCACAAACUUUAAAAUUAAAAACAAUAAAAGUUAUUUGUUGUGAUCCAAAUAGUAAAUAUGGAAAUGGAAAAUAUAAAAAUGAAGAUGGAUUAUUUAAUUAUAAACAAAAUAAUGUAUUAAAUAAUUUUAUAACUAAUCGUGAACAGCUUGUUAUAGUAAGUGAUGACAAUCGUGAUGAUACUAUAAAUGCUAAUAAACAAAUAGAUGUAUAUGAUGAAAAACAUAGUGCUGAAUUAAAACAAAUUCCAGAUUCAAAUUAUCUCAUGAAAUUUAUGACUUUAUAUGAAAAACAUGAAAAAAAAAAUAAAAACCAUUUAAACAGUGCAAAAAAUAAUAUAUUAAUGAGUAUUGAUAGUAUGAAGACCAAUGAAAGAUAUUUAGGUACUAUUCAUCGGAAUAGAAAAGGUUCAAAUUUAUCUCGAAGAAUUAAAUAUUAUUAUGAAAAUUCAUUAAAGAAUGAAGAAGAUAAUCUAGAAAUGGAUGAACAUAAUAAUGUAAAUAAAAAUACUGCAACGGUAGAUAAUUCUCACAGUGAUCAUGUAAUAAAUAUGGAAGUAAAUGAAAACAGUUGUAUCGAUAUUCAAAAUAAUUGUUUAACAGAAGAAAAGAAAGAAAAAAACAUUCCAAAUGCAAACGAUGCCUUAUGUUCUGUAGAUAAUGAUAUAAAAAAUGAAAACUUAAAAAGGAUAGUAUUUUCAGCUAAAAAACAAAGCAAUUUUAGUAACACAUUAAUAUGUGAACAAAAGAAUUUAGAAAUAAAUAAGUUUUAUACAUUUGGUAUUUUAAUUGAUUAUAUUUUUGAAGUUCAUAAUUUAAUGUUUAAUGAUAUUUCUAUUGGAUAUUAUCAAAAAUAUAAUGUAAAUAAUAUACCUAAAAAAAUAAAAAAAAUAAAAAAAGAAACAAUUUUACCUAAAAGUGUAAAACAUUUAGAUAAUAUACCAAGUUAUAUUAAAUUUUUUUAUCAAAUAAAUGGAAAUUCAAAUAAUAAUAAUAAUGUAGAAGAUAAUGAAAUAACUUAUACUUUUCAUUUUUUUUCAAAAAAAAUACCAAUCCAUCAAUUAAAUAAUACAAAUAGUAAGUAUGUUCAAAUCAAAAUGCGUAUAGGAUGUAUUCAUGAUACAAAAAAUGAUAUAAUAUAUAAAAAAAAACAAUUUAGAUUUAAUUUAUUUAGAAGGAAAGCAACAAUAAGUAAUACAAUAGCAGCAUACUCUUCAAGUUCAUCUAAAAAACGUGUAUAUUUAUCAUCAGCCAAUUAUGAAAAAUUAUGUCAAGAAAUUCCUAGAUUCUUUUAUCUCAACAUUGUGUUACGUAGAAAAACAGAUUUUAGCUGUACAAAUAAUGUAAAUAGUUUUAAAAAAAUAAUAGAUAGUAGUGUUUUACAAUUAUUAUUAUAUUCCUAUUUUUAUUUUCAAAACAAUUUAGAUAACGACAUAAUUAUACAAUCAAAUGCUAAUUCACAAAAAGUAAAAAAAAAUACUUGUAUGCUUUUUGGUGAGUUAGAAAGUACUAAAGUCGUUUUAAAAAUAUUACAUAAUAAUAAAUUAUUUACUUCGAAAAAAUUAAAGAUUAAUGAAGUUUGCUUAAAUAAAAAAAUUAUAUUAACAUGUAAGCAAAAUAAAAAAAGAGAAUAUUUAUUUUUAUCUCUAAAUAUUACUAUAUAUGGUAAUAUAUAUAAUACAAAAAUUAUUACAAUCAAUAAUAGAUACACAAUUAUUAACAAUACUAAUCAUACAUUAUAUGUUCAGGAAAUAUGUAAAGAAUUUAAAAUAAUUAAAAAAGAUAGUAAGACAUUACCACAAAUUGAAAAAACAAAUCAACAAAUUGUAUCUGAAAAGGAAGUUAAACAAAAUAAAAUGAAUACAAAUAUAGAUGAAGAACCUAAAUCGUCAUUAAAAAAUAAAAUAUUUAAUGUAUUUGAAAUUAAACCUCAUGAAUCUUUUUACUAUCAUCCCUUACAUGCAAACAAAUAUUAUCUUAAAUUCUCUUACACAAACAUAAAUGAUUAUAUCAAUAAUAAUAUACUACCUCAAAGUGAAAGCUAUGAAUUUAUGGAUAAAUAUCAAGACGCUAAACAUUUAGUUUAUAAUUAUUUAAAAAAGAAAAUUCCCAAAAAAACAAAAAAUCCAACAUAUCUAAUAAAUAUAGAUAAAAAUGAUCAAACUUUUAAAAAAAAGGAAGAACUAUUUAAUCAGUUUUAUACAAGUCCUAUAGAUAUCGAGAAAGUUGGAAGUAGCAAAAUAUUUCACAAGGCACUCAUAAAGGUACCAAGGUUGUCUGAACAUGUUGAAAAGGAUGAAGCCCCAAAUAUGGCAGUAAACACUCCUAACAUGGUCCUUGAACAGAAAAACCAAUUUGACAUGUAUAAUAAGACAAAACUUGUGGAUGAAAUAAAAUACUCAGAAAAUAUUAAGACACAAAAUGAAACAAUUCUUUUAUUAGAGGAUGAAAACGAACCAGCAGAUAUCGCAUUGUCAAUUAAAAAUAGUAUUGAAUCAGUAAAGAAUUUUGUUAUAAACAUGAAUGAGGAGUGUAAUGAUAAUUCAAACGAGUCUGCUAUGAAAUAUUGUGAAAAUGAUGAAGUUUGCAAAAAUAAAAACACAAAUAAAUCGAUUGUAAAACAAAAAACAAACUAUUGGUAUAAAGAAGAAAAUAUAAUAUCUGAAGUUAACAUCACAUUAAAUAGUAACACAAGUAUUGAGAUCAACAUAUCUAUUGAUAAUAAUCCAGAUACAAUCAUACAUAAUAAUACAAAUUAUUGUUUAGUAUAUUAUCAAAGAAAAACAAAAAAAAAAAUAGUAAAUUUAUUAAAGCCAUAUGAUAAAGAAAUAUUUGGAUGGACAGACAUAUCAAAACCUAAAGUUGUGAAAUUCUUUUUAGUUUUAAAAAAAGUUGGUGUUUAUGUUUUUUACUGUAAUGUAGAUAUUGUUAAAGAACAUAAUUGUAUAGUUAUAAAUGAUAAUAGAAAAAUAAAUGUAUCAACUAAAAUUGAAAAUGGAAAAAGAGUUUUCUGUCUUGAAGAAAUAAAUACAGAAGCAUUAGAAAACCAAUUAGACUAUUUUGUAAAUAGUAAAAGUUUUAUUAAACUUAAUGAAGAAAAAAAAGUUGACACAACUAAUAAAAAAAAAAAAAAAAAAAAAAUUGUAAAAAUAGAUUUUUAUAGAAAAUUUAGAUUAAAAAAAAAUAGAGAUGAUGAUAUAAGAGCUAAACAACAAUUUUUAAGAUAUAGAAAAUCAAAGAAAAAAAAAAAAAACUUUUUAAAAGAAUUUAAAAUUAUUAACAAAAAUCCAUUUAAUGCUAUUUAUAUGAAAGCCAAAAAGAAAAAACAAAAACAAAAACAAACUGAAAGGAAAAUGAAAAAUACAAAAAAAUACUUUAACAUUAGAUCUCUAUUUAUUUUAAAAAAUCUAGACUUAAAAAAUAAAAAAGAUAAUAAUAAAUUUGAAAAAAGAAAAAAAAAAAAUACAAAAAUUAUAUCAAAUAAAAUGUCUAACAAACAAAUUAUAGAAUAUGAUACAAAUCAAAAUAACAGUUCUAAUCAGACGAAAAAAUUUGAUGAACAAAAUUUUAAGGCACUAUUUAUGAAAAAGACAAUAAGAGGAAAGAAAAAAAAAAAAAAAAAUAUUAACAAACUUUUAUAUGAUAGUUAUAAAAGAAAGUUUUCACAUCAAACAUCUGAAAAAUUUAUAUAUUCCAACAGUUUGGAAGGUUCAAUACAUAACAAUGUAGACAAUGAUAAGGUUAGUGAACAUGAACAAGAUAACUAUUAUGCAUUAAAUAACAAUAUGAAAGUAAAACGUAAAUUAAGUGAUUAUAUAUUUAGAAAAAUAAAAAACAAUGAAAAAAAAUUAAAGGGCUUGAAGAAAAUAUAUCCAGCAUUUCUACGAAAUAGUAAAAGUAUCGAGUUUAAUGAAAUUAUGGAAAAAUGCUUUUCAGAUAAAGGAGAAGAACAUGAAAAUAUAGAUGACAUAAAAAGUUUGAAUAACAAUUUAACUCAUUCACGCAUGGGUAAUAAUCAAGGUAGCGGAAAUAGUGGACAUAAUGGAAAAGCGUCGAAAAAAAAUCCAAAUUAUCAAAUAAAAUUUUUUACUAACAUUCAAUUAUGGUUUAAAGGAAUAAAACUAAACUUGUUAGAGGAAUCAUCAAACUAUUUAAUUUCAUUUGAAGUUAAUAAUUUAUUUGUAAAAAAAGAAUAUAUAGAAAAUAUUGGAUAUUACAAUGUUGAUAUUAAAAUUAAGAAUAUUUUAUCAUAUGCUAUUUACAAAUAUCUUAGUGUUUAUGCAUUAUUAUAUACAAACGAUGAGAUUAAUUUAAAAAAAAAUAACAUGCGAAUUUUUAUAAACAAGCUUGAAUCAAAAAGAAAUUUAUUUUUAAAAAAAAAAAAAUAUAUAAAAGAUGAAGACCAAUAUUCUAUUAUAUCGUCAGUCGGUUCUACAUUAGAUUUAAAGGAUAGAGGUUUUGCAUUUCCUGAUUAUAGACUUGAUAAAAUAUAUGACAGUACAGAUGAUUUUAAUGAUAACUCUGAAUUUAUAGUUUGUAAUUUUCAAUAUGUAGAAAAAUUUGAAACACUUUUCUUUAAAUACUUUUUAUUAAGUAUAAAACCACUUGUAAUAAAUGCAGACAUAAAUUCAAUCACUGUUUUAUUUUAUUUUUACAAAACUUUUUACACUGAUCAGAAUUUUGAAAAUGAAGAAGGAAAUACUAAAAAGUUACAUGAAACAAAUGCAGCAGAUCCGACUAUGUAUACUUACACUCUCAAUGAUGAUCAAAAAGAAUUUAGUAUUGAAAAUAAAAAAAAUAAUGAAAUACGAGAUAAUUAUUAUUCUUCAAACUUAUUAAAUGAACAUGCAGGAGGAAAAACAGAUAUAGAUAAUAGAUGCUUAGCAUGUGGUGAAGUAAAUAACUGUUUAAUUUUAGAUCAAGACAAUGCUGAAUUUAAUAAUGAUAUAGAACAGAAUCAGCUAGUAAAAGAUAAAGUAUAUCGAAAUAUUGAUAAAUAUAUUAAAGAAGAUGAAAAUGUAAAAAAUAAUAUAGUUACAUCACAUAAUUGUGAAAAAGGAGAAGCAAGUAAACAUGUAUAUUUACAAUAUGUAUGUAUAGAUAAAAUAAAUAUAUUAUUAAAUUUUAAAUCUGAAUAUAAAAAAGAAUUAAAUAAUAAUAAUAUUAAUGAUGCAUUUUAUGAAGAAUAUAUAAGUGCAUAUAAUAAGUUAGGAGAUAUUUCAAAUUGUAAUAUUAUUUUAAAAAGUUUAUCAAAUAUUCACAUAUUUACAAAUGCCAAUAAUUUAUUUAAUUUUUUACUAAACUUUUACUACAAUCAAACAAUUGUAAAUCUAUCAAAUUUGUUAAUUUCUUUUAAUAUUAUUGGAAGUCCAACAUCUUUUAUAGCCCAUGUUAAGAAAUCUUUUUGUGAAUUUUUUGCAAUAUUGAAAGAUAACGAGAUUGAAGAUAAAGAAUAUGAAAUUGAACAAAAUAAAAAAAAAAAUAUUUCACCAAGAAAUAAUUUAUCAUAUAGAAUGCAUGGCGAACUUGACAACAUCUCAUUUGUAGAUCAUAAUAAUCCUAACAAUUUAGGGGAUGCACAUUUAUUUUCAAAAAUUCAAAACAAAGAAGAUAUUUUUAACUUUUUUGAUGGAUCUAAUGAAAGUUCAUUGAUCGAUGAAAAAGAAGACAUAAUGGGAAAUGAAAAAUAUAUUAUGCAUUUAUUAAAUGAUUAUAAUUCAUCUUGUGAAAAUAAUACAAUUUAUGAGGAUAAACAUUUAAAUAGUAUUAAAAAUACUAUAAGUUUUGAAUUUGAAAAUAAAAAUGAUAUUAACAGAAUGAGUUAUUCAGAUUAUACUGAUAAUGGAUCUAUAGAACCCACUUUAAAUCUUGAUAAAAAAAAUGAAUUAGAAAAUUUAAUGUUACAAGAUGAUAGUAUAUCAUUAAGUUAUUUAAAUUUUGACAAUAAAAGAAAUGAUAUCCUUGAUGAUAAUCAAAAUGAACUUCCCAAUGAUCACGUGGAAAAAAAAGAAAAUGAAAAAAAACAAAAUAAAAAAAAACAAAAUAUUUUUAUGACAUCUAUAUCAUUUAUUACAGGAUGCUGGAAUAAGUUUAUGUAUUUGAUUAGAAAAUUAAGACGUCUAUUUUUAGGAAUGUAUGUAUUAAAUAUAGAACUUAUAUUGUCGCUUUUAUUUUCCGUUACUCUCAUAUUACAAUCACUUAUCAAUAUAAUAGACAAAAUAAAUAUUAACAGUUCAAACAGAAUAGUUUUAAGGAAUAAAAAAUAUGAAAGAAAUAAACCAUUAGUUUCUAAUAAUAUUGAAGAAUUUCAUAAUUUUAAUAUAACGAAAUUAUUUUACUAUUAUAUAAGUUUAUAUAUAAAUAUGUUUAGCAUAAUUUAUUAUAAUAUACUAUAUAAAAUAAAAAAAAAUAAAACAGAUAUAACAAGAGAAAAUAAUAUUAUUAAAACAAAUUUAAAAUUAAAUACACCAAAAAAAAGAAAAUUUGCAUUUAUAUUUAAUUUCUUUUUAAUUAUAUUUACAAUAAUCAAAAUUUUUAUUCUUGGACAUAUAGUAUUCUCAUUAUUAUGCUUACUAACUAUUAAUAAUACUUUUCAAACAAUCCUUAGAUCAUGUAUUAAGUUAGUAUAUUAUCAAACAAAUAAAAAUUGUCUUGACUUUUUAAAUACAAAUAAUAUUAAUCAUAUAAGUACUAUUAGCUAUAUCAAAAUUAAUCAAGUAUUAAAUAAAUAUAUAUCACUUAAAGAACCAUUUAAAAUAUUUUUAACAUACCAAGAUUUUGUUGAUAUUAAAACACAAAAUAAAAUUAACUAUUUUGUUUAUACAAAAGAAUUAUUCUUUUAUAUACAAGAAAACAAUGUAUUAUUCUUGUUCAGAAAAAAUGAUUUAAAAAAAAUUGACGUUAUUAUACAUACAGUCACAAACAGUUUCACUAUCAACCGAUUUUACAACCGCAAAGAAAGCCGCUUCUUCCGAAAAAACCUCUCUAGAAAUAUUCCUGACCUAGCCGACCACGUAACCUGCGACGAAAACAACAGUGUCGAGUCCUCAUUCUACAACAAGAGCCUAGGAUCCAAUGACCCCAAGGAAAAUAAAAACAUUAUUUAUUUUUUUAAUUCCGAGCUAGCAUUAACAAAAAAGAAUGAAAUAAUAAACUUAAAUAAUAAUAAUCAAAAUUAUAUGAUAACAAUUAAUAUUACAGUUCGAAACAAUAUGAAUAUAAUGGAAAAUGUGUACUACAAUCCGAAUAAAUUUUUUAAAUUCCUUUCUAAAAUUGAAAAAAACUAUAAUAAUAUAUACUCACCAUUAUUUAAAAGUUCAACCAAUGAUGGAAAACAUAAUAAAGAAAAAUAUAAUAAAAAUAAAACUAACAUAGAGACCAGAUGUACUGGAUCGAAGGGUUUUGGAUUUUUCUCGUUUUUUAUGUUUCUUCUAAAAUGCACGAUAUUGUUCUAUCCUAUUUAUCUAUUAUUUCAAAGAAAUAAAACAAUACAAGAUGAGACACCAGAACGUAAAUCUAAAAAGAAUAAAGAAGAAAAUAAAGGAAUAAAUGAUGAUAUAAAAAAAGGAAAAGGAAAAAAUGUAAAAAAAAAUGUACCUAAACAUAUUGUCUUUAAAUUAAAUUUUGAGGAUUUUCAAUCAUGCCUAAACAUUUUCGAAUGCCUAUGCAGAUUUGUUAAUAAUGAUUAG